CCGUCACAAAUAACUAUGUUUAGAGCCGUCGGAUGCAUGCUAAUCUACGCGCAUCAAACAUUUCUAAACUCAAAUAUGCCCGGAGAUAGUGUUUAAUUAUUGUGUUCUUAGCUUUGCUUCGGAUUAAGUCCAAAGUUAACCUGAGCAAAAAGGUUCCCGCGAAACUUGCUUCUCCAGUGACUAUGGAAUGGCAAGGCAUCUAUUGUUCAGGCAAGUUGUGGGUGACCUCUCUCUCCUCAACUCCUCCCACUUCUCGAAGCUACUGGACUCGUGUCUCCACUCCAAAUCGGCGCCGGACACUCGCCGUGUCCACGCGCGCAUCAUCAAGACCCAAUUCUCCUCGGAAAUCUUCAUCCAGAACAGGUUGAUCGACGCAUACGGGAAAUGUGGUUGUUUGGAAGAUGCGAGCAAGGUGUUCAACAAAAUGCCCGAGAGAAAUACCUUCACUUGGAACUCGUUCAUAACCGCGUUAUUGAAGUUGGGUUUUCUCGAUGAAGCAGCAAGGCUAUUUGGGUCGAUUCCUGAACCUGACCAGUGCUCGUGGAACUCGAUGGUGUCGGGUUUUGCUCAGCAUGAACGCUUUGAUGAAUCGAUUGAGUACUUUGUUCAGAUGCAUAAAGAGAACUUUGUGCUUAAUGAAUACUCGUUGGGGAGUGCGCUCAGUGCUUGUGCAGGGUUAGCAGAUCAAAAAAUGGGCACCCAAAUUCACGCCUCGGUAAUGAAAUCUCGGUACUCAUUGGAUGUUUAUAUGGGGUCUGCUCUCAUUGAUAUGUAUGCCAAAUGCGGGAGUGUGGCCAGCGCUCGAAAUGUGUUUGACGGAAUGAAUGAGCGGAACACAGUGUCUUGGAAUAGCUUGAUUACGUGUUACGAGCAAAAUGGUCCAACUUUUGAAGCUCUUGAUGUUUUCGUGAGGAUGAUGGAUUACGGACUUGAACCCGAUGAAGUUACCCUCGCAAGCGUGGUUAGUGCGUGUGCAAGCUUGUCGGCCAUCAAAGAAGGUCUGCAAAUCCAUGCUCGAGUUGUGAAGUUUGAUAAAUUCAGGGACGAUCUUGUUCUAAGCAAUACAUUGGUUGAUAUGUAUGCAAAAGGCGGUAGAGUUGAGGAAGCCAGACGGGUUUUUGACAGGAUGCGAAAUAGAAACUUGGUGUCUGAAAUCUCCAUGGUAAGUGGUUAUGCUAAAGCCGCAAGAGUGACAGACAGAAAUAUAGUAUCUUGGAAUGCACUUAUUGCGGGCUAUACACAGAAUGGGGACAAUGAGGAGGCAAUAGGACUCUUCUGCCUUUUAAAGCGGGAAUCUAUUCGGCCAACACAUUAUACCUUUGGGAAUCUGCUCAAUGCCAGUGCAAAUUUGGCUGAUUUGAAGCUCGGGAAGCAAGCUCAUGCCCAUGUCUUGAAGCAUGGAUUUAGGUUUAGGUUCAAUUCUGGCCCCGAGCAUGAUAUUUUUCUAGGGAACACUCUCAUUAAUAUGUACAUGAAAUGUGGUUCAGCUGAAGAUGGGGGUUUGGUGUUUAAGAACAUGCUCGAAAGAGAUUGGGUCUCAUGGAAUGCUAUGAUAGUCGGGUAUGCCCAAAAUGGGCAUGGGACGGAAGCUCUGGCAAUGUUCAAGGAAAUGAUGGUGGCUGGACAGAAACCAGACCAUGUUACUAUGAUUGGCGUUCUUUGUGCUUGCGUCCACGCAGGGCUGGUUGAGGAGGGACGCCAUUACUUCCACUCAAUGAGCAAAGCCCAUGGUUUGGAACCCCAGAAGGACCAUUACACGUGUAUGGUUGAUUUACUUGGCCGAGCUGGUUCCUUAGAAGAAGCCAAGAACUUGAUAGAAUCGAUGCCAAUGCGUCCUGACAACAUUGUUUGGGGUUCUUUGCUGGCUUCUUGUAAAGUUCACGGCAACAUUCAGUUGGGGAAAGUUGUUGCUGAGAAGCUCCUAGAAAUUGAUCCCAUGAACUCUGGUCCUUAUGUUCUUCUCUCAAAUAUGUAUGCUCAGCUUAGGAGAUGGAGGGAUGUUAUGAGAGUUCGGAAGCUUAUGAGGCAGCGAGGAGUUAUUAAGCAGCCUGGUUGCAGUUGGAUUGAAAUACAGAGCCAAGUGCAUGUUUUCAUGGUCAAAGAUAAAAGACAUCCUCAAAAGAAGGAAAUUUAUCUGCACUUGAAUACACUUACUGAACAGAUGAAGCUAGCUGGAUAUGUCCCUGAUACUGGUGAUUUGGAGGCUGAUGAGGAGCAGAACUUGGAUUUGUCUUCUUCUGACCAUAUAGAAGCAUCUGAAGUUGCUGUUGCGGCAUAAUUAUUCGACGUUAUGUGUCAAUGGCUCUCUUCUUGAUUCUUUUCUUAGUGUAUUUAACCUGAUGAAAAUUUUCAGUUGGAAAAAAAAAUGUAAUGUAGACUUUUUUUAAUGUAGACUUUUUUCUACAAUACAUUCCAUAAAUGAUCAAUUGCUCUCUUCUUGCUGUUGUGGUAUGUAUUGUAGAAAAAAUUCUACAAUACAUACCAUAAAUGCAUGUAUUCUAGAUUUUUUUUUUUCUGAUCAAGAACAUGUAAUGUAGGCAUUUUUCUUGUCAGUAAUAUUUAAUGUAGACAGAAGAAGAGAUUUUAUAUCAAAGUACUGUUUCCUUAA